CCGCGAUGUACAUGCACGUGGAGGCCCGCACCAGCUCCCGCCUCCAUCUGAAGAGGGCGCCGGGCCUCCGGUCCUGGUCGCUGCUGCUCGGAAUCUCAUCCACGGGCCUUGCGGCAGCCUACUACAGUGGAGACAGUCUGGGAUGGAAGCUCUUCUACGUCACAGGCUGCCUGUUUGUAGCUGUGCAGAACCUGGAGGACUGGGAGGAAGCCAUCUUUAACAAGAGCACUGGUAAAGUCGUCUUGAAAACGUUCAGCCUGUACCAAAAGCUGCUGACCCUCCUCAGAGCAGGCCAGGACCAAGUGGUGGUUCAGCUGAAGGACAUUCGUGAUGUGAACGUGGAGGAAGAGAAGGUCCGGUACUUUGGGAAGGGCUACAUGGUGGUGCUCCGGUUUGCCACAGGCUUUUCCCACCCCCUCACCCAGACCGCGGUCCUGGGCCACCGUAGCGAUGUAGAAGCCAUUGCCAGGCUCAUCACCGGCUUCCUGGAGCUGCACCGGCUGGAAAGCCCCUCAGAGCGGUCUCAGAGUAGCGACAGCGAGGCUGAUGGCCCCAGCAGCCGGAGCUGACAAUUGGGCAGUCACUGCUGACUGACCCACCACGGCUGCGGGAAGAGCUGAUGUGUCCCUAGGCCACCCUGGGCAACUGCCUGCCUCUUGCCUAUUCAUACUGCCUGCUGCCUCCAUUCUGAGCACAAGUCCGGACUAGAUCUCCAUGGCCCAGGCAGGCCUGGCAUGUCAUGGUUCAGGAUACACCGUGGGCUGGACUUCCUCCAUCACCCGGGAUACACCGUGGGCUGGACUUCCUCCAUCACCCGGGAUACACCGUGGGCUGCACCUCUUCCACGCCCCAGAUGCACAUAGUACAGCCAGGACAGAGCGAGGAGCCACCCACCCACCCAUGGCGCAUGGUACCUGGACUUCCUGUGCUGAGGGGCUGGCUGCAGAUAGAACAGGGCGCCUGCAUUUGUGGGGGGCCCAGGCUCUGGAUAAGUCCGUAUGGUCAGUGGAAAUCUUCGGAUGUCCUGGGUGGACAUCCUCAGUGGCCAGGGCUUUCCUGCUGGACACAGCAUUUCAGAGGCGGCUUCUCCCCAAUGCUAGGGACACGGCUAUGCUAACUGCAUGGAUGGCUCCUUCGGGAUGCCUGGACUGUGGGUGGUUGUGGGCUGUAGAAGCCCCCUCAGCCCCCACCUG